CAUUUCAAGUUUUAUCACCAAAUCAUCAGACACUUUACUAUUAGCUUUAGCCCAGGUAAUGGUAACUAGUAUUUCAAGAUUUAUCACCAAAUCUUCAAACACUUUACUAUUAGCUUUAGCCCAGAUAAUGGUAGGUUGUAUUUCAAGAUUUAUAACUAAGUCAAACAUUGUAGUUGUAGCUUUAUCCCAGGUAAUUGUAGGUGGUAUUUCAAGGUUUAUAACCAAGUCUUCAAACACUUUACUAUUAGCUUUAGCCCAGAUAAUUAUACGUGGUAUUUCAAGGUUUAUGGCUAAGUCAAACAUUGUAGUUGUAGCUUUAGCCCAGAUAAUGGGAAUGUACUUUGUAUCAUCUGUUCUUCUUAUGAGGAUGAACAUGCCUCCAGAGUACAGGUCUAUUAUAACACAAGUUCUGGGUGAGCUCCAGUUCAACUUUUAUCAUCGCUGGUUUGAUGUGAUAUUUUUGGUUAGUGCGUUAUCAAGCAUUGGGUUUUUGUACUUGGCACACAAGCAGGUUCCUGAAAGAGAUCCAUUUUAAAGUUAGAGAAAUUAUUUAGGUUGCAGCAUUAUUGUGUCUUUAAAAGCUUUCUUCAAAGGAAAAAUCCAUAUAUUAAAGAAAUUACAGUGCUUCAAAAUAUCAUCAAAAGUGAUAUUUUGGGGUAUGUUCGGGAAAUGGGAGCAAGCACGUUAUUUGUAUGUGUAUAUAUGAAUAAAAUAUAUUUCUCUCUCUCCAA